GCUGUCAACAUGGAAGUAAAAAUGUUGCAGACGGAUUGAAAUUCAUUUUGCUGUUUAACAAGUCAUUCACUUAUUGUCAAAUAGUCUCUACAAAAACAAAAGAACAUGAAGCUGUCGCCUAAAGCUAUAACUGGCGUUUUAUCGCAGCAAAACAAAGGAGCAUCGGACUGGGGUUGGCAAGGAUUGGUGGCUUAUGGAUGUAACAAGAACAUAGUUGUUGUUGAUCCAGUAACUGUACAGGUGCUGCAAGUACUUGACAAACACAAGUCAUCUGUUGUGAAGGUGCGCUGGUCCCGGGAAAACUAUGCCCAUGACCAGGGUAGCCCAUACAGCCUUCGUCUAGCCUCGGGCGACAGUUCCGGUAACAUUGUCAUCUGGGAUGUUGCCCAGGGAGAGCCCAAGUCAGAGUUUGGGGAUGGCACCAAACCAAUUCAAGAUUUGGAGUGGCUGCAGUGGCAGGAUGCAUCACAUGACCUCAUUGUGGCCCUGCACCCCCCAUACUCUGUGAUCUUGUGGAAUGCUGACACAGGAACCAAACUAUGGAAGAAAUCAUACACUGAGACGCUCACAUCUUUUGCGCUGGAUCCUUUCUGCUUUCGACACAUGGCAUUCCUGGGCCAGGAUUGUAUUGUGUUCAUAGAUGACUUCUCCAUAACAAAGACUCCAUCUAGCAAUGGGAAAAAGUUCUACAUCUCAAGUCCAACUGCAGGAAAUGCCAAGGGAGAUACACCAGUCGGGAGUCUGGAACGGAAGUCAACCUCAGCCUCACGAAAUCUCGCCAAGCGUAUGACCAAGAUUCUUGUCGGAGAGGGAACGCCCAGAGAGGUUGAGGGGUCCAAGACCCAGGAGCUGAUAGCGCUGAACGAGUGUAUACAGAUGACGUACCUGCGGUCCUGUCGCCAUCACCUUAUGCUCGUCUAUCCCAGGGAGAUUCUCAUUCUCGAUCUCGAGAUUAAUCAGACUGUCGGGAUUAUAGCUGCUGAAAGAACUGGCUCACCUUUUCUCGAGGUUCUUCCCAUGCUGCAGCGUGAUGUACUGUACUGUCUUCAUGAAAACGGGAGUAUCUCGUGCCGUGUAAGGCGGCGUACAAACAUGCAGACUAGUCUUUCACCAGAUGCAAAGGAGGCCUUCGAUGACAAUAACCCGGGAGCAUUGGAGGUUGCCUAUGACCUACGCUGCCAGUCUGACUCCAUCAGAAUGACACGCCAUUGUAAGGUCUCAGGCGUGGCCUUCUGUCCAGUCAAGGAGACCAGAUUGGCUCUCAUACUGUCCGACAGCAGGCUAGUCUUCUGGGAUCUGCAUACCGUGGACUUCAAUCCGGAUGCAAAGAAUUCCAAAUCCCCACUGUACACCCCUGGUGAUGACAAAAUUUUGACCAAUCAGGAGCUAUGUAACAAAGUUGUGCCAUACCCAAGGCUUGUUUUGAGUGAUAUGAUUGGACAGUCAUAUCAGUUGAGUUCCAAUCAUGAAUCUGCUAUUAAAGGUCAUGGUGUAAUGCUGAAGUUCCUGAUGACAGGAUUGCUAAAUGGACUCCACAGCCCAAUUACAGUGAUCCGCAUGUGUCCGCCAUUGACUACCAAGAACUGGAACAUAUAUGAACCACUGCUUGCCGUUGGUAGCCAGUAUGGCAGCAUACAGAUCAUGAACAUGAGCAGCGGACAGAUAGACAAGGAAUACAGUGUCCACACUUCCAUUGUUAGAGGUAUUGAGUGGGCAAGUUUGAAGAGUUUCAUGUCCUUCUCCUACCCCAAGCCCGGGGCAUCAGGGCUUGUCAAGAAUGAGAUUUUCCUGGUGGAUAUUAUCUCAGGCAAAGCGACAGCUCUACGAACACACAGGGACCAAGAGCCACCACUGGAAAUGCUGAGAAUCUCCUACCUGAAGCAGUACUUUAUCCUGGUGUUUAAAGAGAAGCCUUUGGAGUUAUGGGACAUGAAAACUCUCACAAUAUUGCGGGAAAUGACCAAAAAAAUAGCCAUACCGACUGCCCUGGAAUGGUCUCCUAGUCACAGCCUGAAGACCUUGAAGAAGAAAAUCCAGCAACAGCAGCAGCAGCAGCUUGAACACCUGGGCUCAGGGAGUGAAACAGGGGCAGAUAAUUCUGAUAAUGUGUCAGUGUCAUCUACAGAUAAUCCUGUCAGUGAUGCGAAGCUGUCUGGCAAGCUGAGUGUGAAGGAGCAUUUUGUGUACACAGAUGCUGAUGGGAUUCUGUAUCACUUUCUGGUAGAGGGAAACAGCUUUACUGAUGCCUCCAAAAUACCACCUGAGAGUGGAAUGAGCAGCAUAACAUGGCUGGCAUGGAAGGGAGAUUUCCUGUUAUUUGGUGACGCAGACGGACAGCUGUGUCUCUGGGAUCUUAAGGCUAAACAGGCCAGGACAAACUCCACCCAUCGAGGCUGGAUUAAGAAGGUGCGGUUCGCCCCAGGGAGGGGGAAUUUCAAGUUUCUCGUACUUUACAAUGAUGGUGUGGAUGUUUGGGAUAUUAAUGACGGCAAGCCAGAGCUACACAGCUCCCUCAAAAGCCCGAAGGACAUUCCAAAAGUACUUGAUGCCGAGUGGGUUGGGUCAGAUCGCCCAAUUUUGGCCACGGUCGACGGAACUCUGCAAAUGAUGGACCUAGCUCUGAAAAAGUCCUCUUGUGCUGUGGAAGAUAUGGAACUUCCUGAGGAUGUAUUUUCUCCUCAUCUGAUGUCGAGCAAGGGCAUGUUUCUCAUGAAAUAUCUCCUCCAACAUCAGAAGUGGGCGGAGACUUAUCAGCUGAAAUUGACAGGCUUGAGGGAAGAAGAUAAAUCAAUAGAAACGGGUGUCAACAAGAAUCUCAGUUUGAUUGACAGAGAUCUGCAAGAAUACCUUUGCAACCCCAGAUUUGGCACUGCAGAACGGUCCCUCAUUACUGCAAGACUGUAUGGGGAUGAGUCAGACGUGAAAUUUUGGACCAUAGCUCUCCACUACAUGAAGAAUGGAAGGACGGAAACAAUUAGCAAGAGCUCCAGCAGUGUGUUUGUGAAGCAAGACACGGGUGACCUUUACAUUCCAACCAAUCCUGUUCACCAGGAGUCACAUGACCUUGUUGACCUUAGUAACCUUGGAGAUGAAGGUCAAAGGUCAUCACUAUGCCAACAACACAGGGGCCAGUCGUUAGAGAGAUGUUUCGAUUUCUUGUGUGAUAAUGAGAGCUAUAAGGCGUACCAGUUGGAUCGUGUUUCCCUACACGACAGUAAGCGGGUGACAUACCAGCACACCAGAAAGGUUGCGGAGAGCUAUAUUAUGCUAGGCCAGACUGACAGGGCUGUACAAUUAUUACUGGAGACUGAACCUGAGUCGGACAGCUACUAUGUUGACUGUUUGAGGUCGUGUCUAGUUGCCAGCAUCAGAUCGUCAGGAGCUUCUCAGAGCACCAUAAAGCUAGUGGCCACCAAUCUUAUUGCCAGCGGAAAACUGCUAGAGGGUGUUCAGCUGCUGUGUCUGAUAGACAAAGGCCUGGAUGCUUGUCGCUAUCUGCAAACAUAUAGCGCCUGGGAACUCGCAGUCUGGUUAGCCAAGUCCACACUUGAGUACACAGAAUGCUGCGAGGUGAUGAAGAGAUGGGUGGAGCAUCUGAGUAGCACCCAUGUUAACCAGAAGAGCACAGCCGUGUUGGUGCUACUUUCCCUGGGCUAUUUCUACAAGGUUAUUGAGAUGCUGUAUGGAAUGAGGCAGUUUAACCGGGCUGCGUGUUUUAUUGAGUCGGCGAUGGAGUUUGGACUAUUAAAGAAAACUGAAGAAAACGGAAUGCUACUGGAGGCAGUAUUUCUGGAGUACGCACGACAGCUGUCAAGUCUCGGCCAUAGACAGUCUGCAAUCUACUACUGCAGCCUGGCAGGCGACAAAGGGGAGCAACUCUUGAAGGAAAUUGAAAUACUGUUUGCUUAAGUCAAGGAACAAUGGGCUGUCUGUCUACACAUGAUUGUAAAUGGCCAUUUGAAUUGGCCUGUUUCAGACUUUUUUCAUUGGUUCAGUGGGUCAGGACUUUAAGUUCCCCUGUUUUUCAAAAAAAGUUGAGCUAUUGGGAUGGUAUUGGCGUUGUUGUAAGUGUUGUUAGCUAUGGUGAAGUAACUUAAAUCUAACCUAAGCUAUGCCUCAAAAACCUGUUAAAGAUAUUCAGAUGAAACUUGGUACAUAUGUUGCCAGAGCCAUUUCACCCAUGUUAGCUAUACCCAUAAAUCAAGCUUAUAUUUGUUGAGUUAUGCCUCUUGUUUCGACUGAAAAAACAGCAACAGUCCAGCAUUUGCAAAAUGAAACAAGAGAUAAACAUGAUGAUGAAUUAAAAAAGCCCCCUCUCCAGGGAAAACCCCCCAACAACAUUAGAGUUGGAGCGUGUUCAGAGAGUGUGCCUGGUCAAUACAAACAAAUUUGUUUUUGAAGGAUGGUCUUUAAAUCUGCACUCUCACAGAUUGUAAAUUUUGACAUUUUAAAAAUGAAUGGUUUCAGAAUCAGCUUAUUCUGGCAUCAAUGUCUUCUAUUUAGUGAUGCAAAAUAACUCACAAUAGAUCAUAUCUGUUUGAAAGACUGCCCAAGAUUUCAUUUUUCCUAAAGCGUUAAUUAUGCUUUUAGUAAAACAUAAUUUUUUUCAAACUUAUUAAAAAAUAUUUUUUAUGACAAACUGCGAUAUCAUAUUUUGUCAGCAGUCUUAUAUCACUGGUUUCCACACGUUUACACAAAAAAUGACUCUUUCCAAGACAAAAUAUGAAAAGGCUGUCAACACGGUCAAUAUGUGAGAGUCCAGCUUUAACAAAUUGAGAAGUUUCACAUGACUUUAUAUGGAAUUAGAGUCAGUAGCUGUGCAUGUAUAUUUGUGCUAUUUAAUGGUUUUAGCAUUUUCUUGUGUUCUUCUGUUUAAACUUAAUUCCAUGAUGCCUCCUUUCUCCACAUAUACUUGCGGAAUAAAGUGACAGAUUCUAAAAUAAAUCCAGCAACCUUUAAAGCUGCACUCUCACAGAUUUACCGUUUUUACAACUUUUUUUAUUUUUUGUCUUCAAAGAGCAAAUUUUUGCAUUAAUAUCUGCAAACCAAUGAUAAAAGAUGACUAACGGUUUAAGAAAAAUGCAUAAAACAUUAAUUUUUGAACGGAAAUAUGCAAAUCUGCGAUCAAAUAUUUUGUCAGCAGUCUUAUAUCACUGGUUUCCAUGGAUUUUCGUAAAAAUUGGCUCGUUCCAAGACAAAAACAAAAAAAGUUGUCAAAACCGUAAAUCUGUGAGAGUGCAGCUUUAAGUAAGUAUUUCAAAGUUUAUCACUCAAAAAUUAUGUUUGUUAUACAUGUGAAUGUAUUGAUUUUGAAUAAGAGUGUCACUUUAAAAAUCAUAUAUGUAUUCAGGGCUUCCGUUAAAGGAAGUUUGGAAGUAUAUUACUCCCUAGAAAUGGGUUAAAACUUCCAAAGUUGAUUCCUUGGAAGUACAAAAACUUCCAUAAUUUGGAAGAAAACUUCCAACGUUGAAUGCUUGGAAGUUCAAAAUAUCAAAACCUGUGUUAAUAUUACUUUUAUGGUCACAAUUUCAAUCAGUGUUUCAGUAAAUUGAAGUAUUAUAAUAUAAGGCUGUGAAUUUGGCAGGUUAUAAUUGCAUAUUAUUUGAUUUUUAAGAUACUGGUUGAAGAAAAUGGAAAAAAAUACUGUUGUCCGGUGACUUAAACUUCCAACUUUCAGUGAAAAACUUCCAAAAUUGAUAGAAAGGAAGUUCAUGCUUCCAGUUUCAAAUUCUUAAUGGAAGCUCAUGCUUCCAGUUUCAAAUUCUUAAUGGAAGCUCAUGCUUCCAGUUUCAAAUUCUUAAUGGAAGCUCAUGCUUCCAGUUUCAAAUUCUUAAUGGAAGCCCUGUGUAUUUACACCUUUUAAAAGCGCAUUCACUCAUAGAAUAUGUUGAUUAAUGCCUUUGAUCAAGAUUCCAAGGGAAAUACAUUGUAUCCGGUACAUAUAGUGUUCUGCAAGAGUUUGUAUAUGAUGCCUUUCUCCCCCUAAAAUCUCAUCUCUUUAUAAUGUUAUAAAGUUUAUCAUUUGAUAAGUGGAACUUAAAGAUUUUAUACAAUUUAUGUAUUUACUAUUUUAACCACAGAUUGGCUUUAAAGGCAAAGACCCAGUUGUUGGUUAAAAGGAAUUUGGACAGUGUCUUAAAGAAGUUAUAAAGUUUAUCAUCUAUAUUAUUUCGAUAAGUGGAAUUUUAAGUUUUAAUACUUAUAUUAAAGCCAAAGAUCCCAGUUGGUUAAAGACAUUAUCUUGAAGAUCUUAUAAAGUUUAUCAUUCAAUAUGUGGUUAAACGGACAGUAUCUUUAAGAUCUUAUAUAAUUUAUCAUUCGAUAUGUCGUUGAAAGGACAGUGUCUUUAAGAUCUUAUAAAGUUUAUCAUUCGAUAUGUGGUUAAAAGGACAGUGUCUUUAAGAUCUUAUAAAGUUUAUCAUUUGAUAUGUGGUUAAAAGGACAGUUUCUUUAUGUGGAAUUUUAAGAUUUAAAACAUGUAUUGCCUUAACCACAGAGGGACUUUAAAGCCAAAGACCCAGUUGGUAAAAAGAAGUUGGACCGUCUCUUUAAGAUGUUAUAAAGUUUAUCAUUCAAUAUGCGACAUUUUAAGAUUUAAAACAUGUAUUUACUUAAUCACAGAGUGGCAUUCAAACAUGAUAAUCAUCAGGCCCAAAAUUCUCAAAAAAUCUUAAGGGUAACUCACAAGUAUCUUAUUUCUUUUAGCUAAAUUACUUACUUAAAUAUGAUUUUAUAAAACAAAAAAUAGAUUAUCUUAUCUCAUUUUUUGUUCCUUUAAAAGCCUCAACACUUUAAAAAAAAAUGAAAAUUACACAAUUAUUACCAUAUCAAAAAUAUAAUACUGAGCUGAAUCCUUUUAUAAGGGACUUUAGAUGUUUCGAGAAAUUUGGGCGGGGCCUCUGAGCUGUAUCCUGUAAUAAGGAACUUAAGAUGUUUCGAGAAAUUUGGGCGGGGCCUCUGAACUGUUUUCUGUUAUAAGGAACUUUAUAUGUUUCGAGAAAUUUGGGCGGGGCCUCUGAGCUGUAUCCUGUUAUAAGGAACUUAAGAUGUUUCCAGAAAUUUGGGCAGAGCGCCCCGGGGGCUCUGAGCUGUAUCCUGUUAUAAGGAACUUAAGAUGUUUCGAGAAAUUUGGGCGGGGCCCCUGAGCUGUAUCCUGUUAUAAGGGACUUAAGAAGUUUCGAGAAAUUUGGACCGAUGAAUUGGGACCGGGGGCCUCACCAAGUGUGCCCCAAAUAUGAUUAUUGAACUUGUGUAUGAAACAGUAAAAGCUACAUGUACGUAUAGCUAUAAAAGGAAUCCCAAUCACAGUGACCUUUGCCUUGAAAAGGGGGACCAAAUCACGAUUCUUGUUAUUAUUCCAUAAAUUGUGAUAUGUUUAAAUGUUUUAAAAUGGUUACUUUUUAUGUUUUUUUGCAUGUUUUUUUUCCAUUUCUUGAACACUUGGUGUUAAAUUGUUUGAUCUUUUUAAUUAUAUAAAGUUUUAGGUUUCUUUAGUUGGUUAUGCAACAGUUAAUUGUAACCACGGGCCCCCCAGGUCUUGGGGGUAUACCGGGGAUAGCCGGGGAAAUGGGCCGUGUUUUUACCUUUCCAGUGGCUCCGAAGUGCCUGGUGAAUGCGGUGGUUUUGUCUUUGCACUAAAUAUUGCGGGGAAUGAGCCUUACCUAGGGUCCCUGGGGUGCGGGGCCAUUUGGUGGGGAUUUUACUUCCAGUUCGUCUCCGCACGGCGGGAUAGUCCCCGCUAUUCCCCGGACGGGGGGGGGGGGCGUGGUUAUAAUUGACUGGUGCAUUAUUGUUAUAAUUAUGUUUGACCAAAAUUUUAAUGUAAGUCAAUUCGAUUGAGUUAUUUGUGCAAUAUCUAAAUUAUGUGUUUGUAGACUUAUUUUAGUUCAUACAAGUACUAGUAGCUAAUAAGAGAAAUUUAACCUACAAAUGAAAUGGAGUUGCUUUUUUUCCAAUAUGCCACAUUUAGUACAUGUGAGCGUGAACUCAACAGGCUAAUAACAUAGCAUUCUGGCAGCGUGAACUCAACAGCCUAAUAACAUAGCAUUCUGGCAGAGUGAAAUCAACAGCCCAAUAACAUAGCAUUCUGGCAGCGUAAACUCAGCAGCCAGAAUAUCAUAGACAUAGUAUUCUGGCAGUGUUAAAUAAACAGCCCAAUAACAUAGCAUUCUGGCAGCGUAAACUCAGCAGCCUUAUGACAUAGACAUAGUAUUCUGGCAGCGUGAACUCAACAGCCGAAUAACAUAGCAUUCUGGCAGCGUGAACUCAACAGCCUAAUAACAUAGCAUUCUGGCAGCGUGAACUCAACAGCCCAAUAACAUAGCAUUCUGGCAGCGUAAACUCAGCAGCCUUAUGACAUAGACAUAGUAUUCUGGCAGCGUGAACUCAACAGCCGAAUAACAUAGUAUUCUGGCAGCGUGAACUCAACAGCCUAAUAACAUAGUAUUCUGGCAGCGUGUACUCAACAGCCUAAUAACAUAGUAUUCUGGCAGCGUGAACUCAACAGCCUAAUAACAUAGUAUUCUGGCAACGUGAACUCAACAGCCUAAUAACAUAGCAUUCUUGCAGCGUGAACUCAGCAGCCUUAUAACAUAGACAUAGUAUUCUUGCAGCGUGUACUCAACAGCCCAAUAACAUAGCAUUCUGGCAGCGUGAACUAAACAGCCCAAUAACAUAGCAUUCUGGCAGCGUGAACUCAACAGCCCAAUAACAUAGCAUUCUGGCAGCGUGAACUCAACAGCCUAAUAACAUAGUAUUCUGGCAGCGUGAACUCAGCAGCCUUAUGACAUAGACAUAGUAUUCUGGCAGCGUAAACUCAGCAGCCUUAUGACAUAGACAUAGUAUUCUGGCAGCGUGAACUCAGCAGCCUAGGCCACUAGGCCGCCCGGCCGCUAACUUUACGCCGCUAAGCCGCUGACUGCUUAAUUGACUUAAAAAAAUAUAAUCGCUUCAGAGUGAUUAUUUGUGCAAACAAACAAUUAAUUUAUCAUUGUUUUAGAAGUAAAAACGUGUAUACAUGCUUUGAAAUAGGAAACCGUUUUAGGCCGCUAGGCAGCCAGGCCGCUAACUUCACGCCGCUAGGCCAUAAGGCCGCUGAGCUGCUUGAUAGACUUUUUAGAAAAAAUGUUGAUAAUCGCUUCAGAUUGAUAAUUUGUGUAUUAAAACAGUUAAUUUAUCAUUGUUUUAGAAGAAAACGCAUAUAAAAAUGCUCUGAAAUAGAAAACAGUAAAAGGCCGCUAUGUUAGUGUAUGAAUAAAAAAUAUGAUUUAUCAUUUUUUUCAAAGAAAACGCAUGAACAGUUGCUUUGAAAUAGAUUAAAAAAAAAUAAGGCCGCUAGGCCGCCAACUUCACGCCGAUAGGCCGCUAACAUCACGUCCAUCUAUCAAAUAUUUCAUUUUCAUAAAAGGAGAUUACAGUUUCUAUUAAGAAUUGUUUUACAUUUUGAAAAAGAAACCAAUUUAAGGCCGCCCGGCCGCUAACUUUACGCCGCUAGGCCGCUGACCGCUUAAUUGACUUAAAAAAUAUAUUCUCGCUUCAGAGUGAUUAUUUGUGCAAACAAACAAUUAAUUUAUCAUUGUUUUAGAAGUAAAAACGUGUAUACAUGCUUUGAAAUAGAAAACCAUUUUAGGCCGCUAGGCAGCCAGACCGCUAACUUCACGCCGCUAGGCCAUAAGGCCGCUGAGCUGCUUGAUAGACUUUUUAGAAAAAAUGUUGAUAAUCGCUUCAGAUUGAUAAUUUGUGCAUUAAAACAGUUAAUUUAUCAUUGUUUUAGAAGUAAAAACGUGUAUACAUGCUUUGAAAUAGGAAACCGUUUUAAACCGCUAGGCAGCCAGGCCGCUAACUUCACGCCGCUAGGCCGUUAGGCCGUUGAACUGCUUGAUAGACUUUUUAGAAAAAAUGUUGAUAAUCGCUUCAGAUUGAUAAUUUGUGCAUUAUAACAGUUAAUUUAUCAUUGUUUUAGAAGAAAACGCAUAUAAAAAUUCUCUGAAAUAGAAAACAGUUAAUGGUAGCUAUGUUAAUGUAUGAAUAAAAACAUUGAUUUAUCA